UAAAAUUGAUAAGAAAGUCUUUAUGAUAACAAUUAGCAGUGAAGCGGCGAUGAAUGAUGUGUGAUAGAUGUGCGAUUUAAAAAGUAGAAAAAAGUGCGAAUUAAUUAAUUUUUCGAUAUUAAUUUCAUGAAGAAACUCUUCAUCCGAAGAUAAUUCAAGCUUUCUGCUGCCAUCAUGUUUCUCUCAACGCGUCGUGUAUUAUCAACAUUCAGAAUGUUUUCAUCGGCGGCCUCAGACGAGGUAUUAUUCGAAGUAAAGAAUAACGUCGGUAUCAUCACCUUGAACCGGUCAAAAGUUCUGAACUCUUUGAACGAACCCAUGGUCUCGGCAAUAUAUUCCAAAUUAAAAGAAUGGGAAAACGAGCGCUCUUUCGUUAUUGUCAAAGGAGCCGGCGAGAAAGCGUUCUGUGCUGGCGGCGAUGUAGUCUCAGCCACCAGAAACACAUCGGAAGGAAUUGAGUUUUUUCGUAAAGAAUACACCAUGGAUUACUUGAUUGGAAUGUACAAAAAACCAUUUAUAUCGUUAUGCGAUGGAAUAACUAUGGGUGGUGGAGUUGGGAUUUCUGUACAUGGACCCUAUCGUAUUGCAACGGAAAAGACUUUAUUCGCUAUGCCAGAAACUGCCAUUGGUUUAUUCCCCGAUGUCGGUGGCAGUUAUUUUUUACCCAGGUUGCAGGGAAAGUUGGGUUUAUUUUUAGGUUUAACUGGAUUCAGGCUGAAAGGAAUAGAUGUAGUCAAGGCUGGAGUUGCUACUCACUUCAUUCCUAGUGAAAACGUCACGGAUUUGUUCAAUAAAUUGGUGAAUAGCGAUGCUGAUUCGAUUGAAGAUAUUUUGAAUAAAACUACCGUAGAUAUCAGUGGCAAAGAUUUCACUCUGAGCCCUUAUUUAGAUUUGAUUAAUUCGUGCUUCGGCGGAGAGUCAAUCGAACAAAUUCAAGUUCUGUUACAGAACGAAGGAUCUCAGUGGUCUAAAAAUACCUUAGAAUUGCUCUCCAAAGUAUCUCCCGCAUCUUUAAAAAUCACUAAGAGAGAAAUCGAUCUGGGUGCUUCUCAAAAUCUUCGUUCUUGUUUUAUUACCGAGUUCAGGCUGGCUCGAGCUGCGUUGAAAAAAACCAUAUCACCUGAUUUUUAUGAAGGUGUUCGAGCAUUGCUAGUUGAUAAAGAUAAGAAUCCGAAGUGGUCUCCGGCGUCUUUACAAGAUAUUAGUGAUUCCGAUGUUGAAAAAUGUUUCGCUCCUUUGCCUUCUGGAGAAGAACUCGAUAUUUGAAAUUUGAAUUGAACUGGAAAAGAUGGAGAAUGAUAUGUUGCAUUGUGGAUGGGAAAUGUCUUCAUUUGUUACCAAUAUUUUUGUAUUUACGAUUUAUAUUAUGUAUUUAUUAGUCAAAAGUCAUAAAUUAUUAGGUAUGCAAUUUCUAAUAAACUCAUGCGGUAUAAGUAUGACAA